UCUGUCCCAUCGCCAUAAAUUCAUCGAUCACAUAGACUCAACCCCGUGUCACCCACAUUAGCUCUCCAAUCAAUCCCAGCUCACCCACAGCCACCCCAUCCAUGCCCAAAUCAUUCAUCAAAAUCAAGAUCACGAAUCUGCCUCCAAUCCAACACCAUCCCCCUCGACGGCGGCCACGCCUCCACAAACCCCUCCGCAUAAUAGAUCUCGUGCUCCUCCGGCCACGCAUGCACCAGCAUCGUGACCUCCGUGCUCCGAAGGGCAGCCUCCUCCUCCUCCUCCUCCUCCUUUCCUUCUUUAUCUUUUUCGCCCAUCCCCAAGCCGACCACAUACUCGCGUAUCUUCCCCCGGAGAUGCGCCACGACCACGUUCCCCAGCUUCUUGUACUUGUGGUCCGCGGCGACGAGCAGGUCCGUCAGGUGGAAGGUGCAGAUUCCGUCGCUGAUGAGGCGGGCCAUGGCGACCACUUCGCCGGUUUUUUGCGUUUCCGGGUUGGUGGUGGUGGGGUUGUCGGGGGUGGAAGAUAGAGCUGGUGCCGUGUAGGUGAUGUAGCAGCCGUACCAGCUUCCCCGGAGGGCGGAUUCGGCUUGUUGGGCGGUUGGUGGUUUCGGGUAUUUCUUGGUGUGGCGGAGGUGGAGGUAGGAUUCGACGGCGGGGGUAGCCCUGGUGGAGGGUGUAGUUUGGUGGGAGAACGGCGGGCAUGGUUGGGGGGUGCGUGAGUGGUAGUAGGUAGUGCUUGGGGGUGGAGAGGUUUGGGUUUGGAGAGGUUUGAGGUGCGAUUGUGGUUGUCGUUGUUGUACUUUAGUAGUGGUAUGUGU